UAGACAUGGGAAAGUCUCUCUCUCACUUGCCUUUGCAUCCGAGUAAAGAAGACGCCUACGAUGGAGGUACGUCCACUGAAAAUAUGCGGACUGGAUUGGUGAAUAAUGAGGUCCAGCACGACGAUGGGAGAAAUGGAGACGUCUCGCAGUUCCCCUAUGUGGAGUUUACAGGAAGAGAUAGUGUCACUUGUCCCACUUGCCAAGGGACAGGAAGAAUUCCUAGGGGACAAGAAAACCAACUGGUAGCAUUGAUUCCAUAUAGUGAUCAGAGAUUAAGGCCAAGAAGAACAAAGCUGUACGUGAUGGCAUCUGUGUUUUUCUGUCUGCUCCUUUCUGGAUUGGCUGUGUUUUUCCUUUUCCCUCGAUCAAUUGAUGUGAAAUACAUUGGUGUAAAAUCAGCUUAUGUCAGUUACGAUGAUCAAAAGAGAACGAUAUAUUUAAAUAUUACAAAUACACUAAAUAUAACAAAUAAUAACUAUUAUUCUGUUGAAGUCGAAAACAUCACAGCUCAAGUUCAGUUUUCAAAAACAGUUAUUGGAAAGGCACGCUUAAACAAUAUAACUAAUAUUGGUCCACUUGAUAUGAAACAGAUUGAUUAUACAGUACCUACUGUAAUAGCAGAGGAAAUGAGUUAUAUGUUUGAUUUUUGUACACUGAUAUCCAUCAAAGUACACAACAUAGUACUCAUGAUGCAAGUCACUGUGACAACCACGUACUUUGGCCACUCUGAGCAGAUAUCCCAGGAGAGGUACCAGUAUGUGGACUGUGGAAGAAACACGACUUACCAGCUGGGGCAGUCUGAGUAUCUAAAUGUCCUUCAGCCACAACAGUAGAAGUUGAAGGAACUGCGACCAGAGAAGGUGAAAUCCCUAUAAACAGUGUUGGGCUCUCAAGGAGGUACUUCCUAGUAGGAGAUCUUAAAUCGAACAAACUUAAAAGUUUACACUUCUAAUUUAAGAGUUGGGGUAAAAGUAGGUGGACCUGACAUUAUUGUAACUUUCUGCUCCAUGUUAAUAAUGUAUUUGUACCAGGAUCUUUUACUUCAAUAUACGUUUACCAAUUGGUUUUCUUCUCUCCUUCAUAUCCCUAGAAGGAAAGACUGAGACUUCCCCAACAGUAUAAUAAGCAUUUAUUUGAAAGAUACAGCUUCAAUGGAUAGGUCAACUGACAACAUAACUGUAGUAACAAACAUAGUGUGAUUAACUUAGUGUAUGAAUGUUUUUUUAGAACAUUAUUGAAAGCCAGCUCAUGGGACACUUGAAAAAUAACCUUUUUUGUGUUUUAUAAAUGCCCACAGUUAGUUACAUGGUAGUAGUAUAUUUCAACUAUUUAGUAUUUUAGCUUUUAGCCAAGUAUUUUUACCUUUUAAUUCGUUGAAAUUCUGAUUUGCAUGUUUUUAUUUCAAGCUAUUAAUUACAUAAUAUCAACCACCUGAAAAUUUUUAAAUAAUGUGUUUUGUGUGCAUUUCCAUAAUACUUGUAAUUUUGUGAAAUUCUUGUGUGAUCUUCAAACAUAAUCCUCUAAUGUACAGUAUUGUAAAUAAACUGCAUGGCUUUUAUAUAGCUUUGAUAAAUGUCAAAGUGGAACAGAUUCAAAAUUAAAGCAAGUAGCUCGUAAAAAUAAAUAAAAAAGGAAAAUGAAAUUCAGAAACUGAUUGUGAAUAGGUAUCAUUUUAUGCUGGACCUGGCAUAAAAUAGACUGGAAAUAAAAUAUUUUUAUGCUUCACUUUUUUCAUGUUGCUUUCAUAUUAAAAAUUGGCUUAGAUAUUUUUAACAUCUGCUAGGUACUUGAUCAUCAAUUUUAUGAAUGUUUUAGAGAAAAAGUUAUUUCUUUGAUAGAAAUUAUUUAAAAAAUCCCACCAUUAAGUAAUC